GGAAAAUCCAGUACGGGCAUUGGUUUUAUAUCAACGACCUCCUUGGCUGCCUCAAGAAUCCUUCACACAGGGAAGCAAAUCACGGAUGAUUAAAGAGAUCAUGCAUGAGCGACGAAUUUGUGAUAUAAUGGAAAAUGGUAAACUUUCUCCAAUUCCUGAAUAUCCAACAACUCCUUCUAUCGAAAUGGAUUUGGACUUUGACUCGAAUUUGGGGAGUGGAAUUCACAAAAAUUAUGAAGGAUAUUUAGGUGCUAAUAACGAAUACGGUGAUGAUGGGAUGGAAUUGUAAAAUAUAAUUUAAUCCGAUUUGAAUGCCUACCUGCAAUGAGAUCUGUCUUGAGAAAUACGAGAUCUUUGACUUGCUUCAGAAAUAAAUGAUGUUGUUUAAGUCUUAUUGGUUUAUUUAAUAUAUGGUGUCAUGUGAUGGUAUUAUCAAUUCAACAAUGUAUCGAUUUCGUAAUAAUGAAUAUUAUAUAAUAUACCACUU